GUGUCCUACCUGGGAAUCGAACCUGCGACCUUUCGGUUACAAGUCCAGUUCCUUACCCACUGUGCUACACUCCGUGCUACAAAUUUGUGCUGGCACUGAGCAGGUCAGUGUUAAAGUGCUGCAGAAUGAUGAAACCUGCUUAAUGCACAUCCUACUAGCAAUGUGCGCUCCCUGGCUUUGUUUAAUUCAGAUUGUGCAGAUUUAAACAAGAAUUACACUUAGUUCUUAUUAAGAUGCACAUCAGCAGUUAAAAGUAUCCACAGUGAAAAGAAUUUGCGGGGACUCAGUGUUAAAACCUCUCAGAAGUAUAAGUGUGUGACAAACUCAUCUUGUGACUUGUGAGGUUUGAAGCUGUGAAGAAAAUAAAGCCUGUCAUGAUGACAUGGGAACUUGAAGUAACCACAAAUAAUGACAUGAUAAAGAAGCAUUUGACCAGAGUCCUGCUUUGACCUUUCUCAUGUGUGCAUCAUGUACACCAGAAUUUGGGUUGCUCAAAAUUAAACUUGAUCAGUGAAACACAGUUCUUGGUUCCUUCCAUCCUUCCAGACUGUAAACCUAGAAAGUUGUGUCACUUAACUGACGGAUGGAUGCUUUUUAAAGUUAAUCAUGUCUGUCAGUCAUCUUAAGCCUUUUCUGCUGGCACCCAUCCUGACACUAAAUCCAGUGAUCAACUUUAAGGCGCGUGUGCAUGCUUUUUUUAGACGUAUGAAAACGGAGAUGUGGUUGGUGGUGCAAAAUGUUUCUGACAUGGCUGUUGUGAAACUGAUCCGCCCCACCCUAAACAGUAGGGCGGACUGGAGCAGACACCACCACUACAGUCACCAGGCCUCCAAAGAAAGAUACUGGGCCUGUACAAUAGCAGGAGGAUAUGCAGCACUCUCAUAGGUGCGAAGGCGAGGUACGGGUGGUGCCCCUGCACCGGAGGCCGGACCUGGUGGAGGCCUGCGCGGACCUGGUGAAUUCCGAGUGGCAGCGGAGCCGAGGGGCCCGGAUCCACGGCCUGCAGAAAUCCUGCCAGGACUUCCCAGUUUGCCUGGUGCUGAUCCAGGGGCCCGGCAAUGGGGAGCAGCUCCUGGGCCACGCCAGGCUGUCCCGGGUGGUCGGCCGCAGCAGCAGCCUCUUCGUCGAGUCGGUCGUGGUCUCCAAGGCCCAGCGGGGGAAGGGUUAUGGUCGCAUCCUCAUGGAGGAGACGGAACGCUACGCCAGGGCCAGGGGUUUCCAAAGGCUAUGCCUGACCACGCACGACAAGCAGCACUUCUACGCACACCUGGGCUACGUGCUGUCCCAGCCCGUCCAGAACGCGGGGGCCAUGACUACCUUUGUGCCCAUGGAGGUUCUGCAGAAGUUCUCCAGGCUGCCGAACACGGAGGGCCCGCUCGUAUCUUUAAACCGCUCUGACAAUCCCCCAUCUAAAGAUAGCCUGACGCCCGACUCCGUGACCCCUGCUCCUCAUAUAGCCUCCCCAAAUCCAGCCCCUCCCCCACCUCCUCCUCCCCCUCCUCCACCUUCUCUUUCUAAUUCACUGCCCUUCAUUUCCUCUGUACCUCCACCUCCACCUCCACCUCCACCCCCACCCCCUCCCCAACUGACUCCCUCAUUACCUCCAACCCAGACGCUGCUGGAGACACCUCACAGGGACGUCAAAGGAGCUCCCAUCUUUUGGAUGCACAAGGACAUCUGAAUAUAUCUGCUGACAUUGCUUACAGUGGAGCACGGUUACAGCUACUCAUAGGCUAAAGCACAGAUAUCAUUAUGCCCUCCCUCCCUCUGUAUCAACGUGACUGUUCAGAUAUGCCACACAGCUAAACUCCUAAUGGCUCUAAAGAAUAACUAACUGGAACUUUGAUGGCAGAAAUUACUGAGGCCAUUAUUUUAGAUUCAAUGAAUGAAUCUUGAUGCUUGUAGACUGGGCCAUUUUCGUAUUUUCUAUGCCUUGUGCUGUGCUGGAUACAGAAGACAACAGAAAACUGUGCCUGUGACCUGUCUUUUUUUUCAGUGUUUUACCCUUAAAUAAAAAGUGCAUUUUGUAACUGCAAAA